GGUGGUGGGACAGAAGAAAGAAAUUAGGGUUUGGGUUGUGCAGAAACCAAAAUCGAGACUCUUCGUUUGGAAAGCCAAAAUCGCCGCCGUUUAUCACCGGCGCGCCUCUCUCUGGAACAGGAAAUAAUGCCUGAGAAGUUGCAAAAAGUUGUUUUACUUGCGAUGCCUGUUAAAGAUAAAAGCGUCUCUUAUUUCAAAGUUGAGUUUUAUGCCUUUGAUGAAGGCUUAUUCCCGUCUAAGAUGUCAGGUGGUGAUGAUGAUUUGGUUUUGGUUUCUGGGACUGAUGCUGGUCCGUGCCCAUUUGUUGCAAAGCAUACUAGCCUUCUUGAUCAUUGUCAUCGUUUCGCGGCCUUCAUGGCUAACAAGUCUCGCAUGUAUUAUGCCGGGGGAGUCAACUCUAAUUGCAGGACAUGUCAUCAGGAUUUUCCUGAUCGCGCCACUAGAGAAAACAAUGGUCAGAGAUCUGUUUUUUGUAUGGAUACCGCUACAGGGAGUGAGUGGACUAGAUUGCCUUUGAUGACAUAUGGUCGAUGGGUACCCCAACUUCAUGUCCUUGAUGGUGCACUUUAUGCCAUAGGUGGUAUGAAAGAAGAACAAUCUGCAUUUAUGGAGGUGCUUCCUGAAAAUGAAGAUGAAUGGAUCACGCUUCCUGAUCCUCCAUGUCCUGUCAAGCGGGAUUACCACAAUUUAACAGCUGUUCCAGUUGUAGUAGAUGAGAAGCCAGAAGAUUCUUAUUUCUUAUUUGUUUUGUUGCCCAAACUUGAUGUGUUUUACACGUACACACCAAAAUCAAAUUCCUGGGCUGUUUUGGACUCUUCUUCUAUCCCUGGCCUAGUCCCUCACACUUUUGCGUUCGACAGCCGUUUUGUCUAUCUUUACACGGACAUCAAAGCAAAUGCACACAAAUUAGUUUGGCACAACAUACGUCUUGGUCAAUACCAUGAGGUGGAUUUGUUGAUGGAAGGAAUGAUACCUCCUAGCGCGCCAUUUCCGGAGGACGUGGGAGUUUGUGAGAUCGCAUUGUUUCAUGUUGGCGGCAAUGAAUUUGGUCUUUUAUGGGUUGAUGCUUGUGACAUGGGAAAAGGCAGUGAUGGCUAUUGGUGUUGCAGGUUUACUUUUGACUAUAAAAGGGCGCUUGCUGGUCUGAAAUGUUGUUCUCUGCUUUGGUACAGCAGAUGUAUUGGUCCAAAGAGGCCAAUCCGGGCUGUUCUUGCUGUGGAUGUACCUGACCACUCCACAAAGGGAGGGCACUACCAUGAGGGCCAUUAUGUUUCCACGCCAAAGCAAGUCCUAGAAAGAAGAGACGGAGCAGAGAUGUCAGAAAGGGAGGCACGGUCAAAGCAAUAGUUGGGAAAACAAGACAGAGCAGAGCUGGAACAUUAGAAGUUGGUGUUUCUCAGCUCCUUUUCUUUUAUAAGGCUCCUUUUUUGCUUUUGGGUACAAACCGUCCAAAUUUUGAUCUGAAUGAUGUUUUAUGUUUUACAGAUGUGUAAAUUUAUGCAUCAAAUUAUUGUGCUUGGACACAAAUGUGUCAAAUUGCUAAAUGUUGCGUGAAGUAUAAUCCUAUUGGGAGUUGUAAAUACUUUGUAGGAUUUAUCUAUUAAUGACCAGUUGUGUUAAAGGAAUUCCAAGGCUUUUAGAAAUUUCUAUUCUUAGUGUGCAUGUCUUUGGGGAAGUUUCCUAAACAUGGCACGCAAGAGUUUUUGAAGUUUCUUGGUGCUCAAGACUUCUUGAGAUUUCUUGGGGCGAUUGUGAGGGAAAAUAUACACUGAUCCAUAGCGUGUUUGUCGCGUCCCAGAGUCAAUACUUGCGUGAACAAGUUGCAUUCCUCAUGAAGAAAAUCAUCAGCGUGAGAGUGAUCAGAAGUUGAACUGAGCUUAUAGAGAUGCCAACACGUUUGUCCCUGUGAUCUCGCUGGAGAUGUGAUAAGUCGAAAUGGAUUUGGGCUAGAAAUCUUAGCAUUGCUAUUAGCAUCAUAAUCAAGUGCUCGAAGGGCAUGCCUCAAUUUGUUCUGGAGAGACAUAUUCGUAACAAUGAACAAGGAUCGAACCC